AUGGCCAGCCACUCCCACGACGGCGGCCCUUCUCACUCGCACUCUCACGAUCACGCAAACGGCGCACCCCAUGGCCACACGCACGAAAUCCUUGACGGGCCGGGGUCUUACCUACACCGUGAAAUGCCCCUCGUCGAGGGCCGCGACUUCUCCGAUCGCGCAUUUACAAUCGGCAUCGGUGGUCCCGUGGGCUCUGGAAAGACGGCACUCAUGCUCGAGCUCUGCUUGGCGCUCCGGAAAGAGUACAACAUCGCCGCCGUGACAAACGACAUAUUUACGAGAGAAGACGCCGAGUUCCUGACGAAGCACGGCGCGUUGGCGCCCGAGAGGAUCGUGGCGAUCGAGACAGGCGGAUGUCCCCACGCCGCGGUUCGAGAAGACAUCUCGGCCAAUCUCCUCGCCCUGGAAGGCCUGCACGCGAAAUUCCAGACCGACCUAUUACUGAUCGAGAGCGGCGGCGAUAAUCUCGCAGCAAACUACUCGCGCGAACUGGCAGAUUUCAUCAUCUACGUUAUCGACGUCGCCGGCGGCGACAAAGUGCCCCGCAAAGGUGGCCCGGGCAUCACGGGCUCGGACCUGCUCGUGAUCAACAAGUGUGACUUGGCGGCCGCCGUGGACGCGGACGUAGACCUGAUGGAGAGAGAGGCGAACAAGAUUCGCGAGGGGGGUCCGGUUUUGAGGGCCGUGAUCAAGACCGGCGUGGGCGUCAGGGAGACCGUCGAUAUGAUCCUGUCUGCUUGGAAGAGCACCGCCGGGUACCAGCUGAGUCGAGAACGGUGGGCCAAGGGCGGCCCAAAGGGCAGUGGUGAGCAGCCUGUUGUCAAUCGGUAUACCAGUGUCUUCGCCGGGUCGAGGUAG